AGUAAAAGUCUCCUGAUGGUUGAUGAGACGAAAUUUUGAUUUUGUUUCUUAAAUUUCUGCACGAUAUUUUCUCAUUAAACAUUCUAGAAUUAAACAUUAAGCAUUAGAAUUUGGUGGGCAGUAUUAGUCGAAAAUGAGUUUCAACUAUGAAUGUGGCGACUUUUCUCAAUUUCAGGAAAAACUAAAACAGAUGCGUGAUUUGGAUGACAAAAUUAUUUACGCGCUCAAUACAUCCUUACCGACAGAGUCCUUCAAGGGUCAAGUAGACCCCGGAAUGAAAUGUCGUGAUCUGCACCAGCAGUUACAAAUAGGUUACAACCAUCGACAGGAAGCGAUUAAAAACUGCAUUGUGUUGUGUGCGGACAACGUGAAGCAAUUAAAGGAUAAGCGUGAAGAAAGUAAAGACGACGUUGCUCUUAACAAGCAGUUCAAGACCGAACAGAGGAAGUUACGUUUGCUUCAAGCCGAACUUAGCGUCGAGGACAUCAUUCGAGAACGCACACAAAAAGCCUUCCGAGAACGAUGUCGAUUGUUUGUGAACAUUGAUUCGUUAUAGUGUUCUGCGUCGUUAACUUCUUUGUAGAUGGGAGUGUUUUAGUUGAACGAAAUAGUUUUGUCCGCCAACAAGAAAACUACACGGUCUAAACAUUGUUGCAAUAAAGGUACAAAAUUUGUGCCAAAAACAGGACUGAAUGGUAACGCAUUUAACAACGAAAAGGGAUUCUUCAAGCGAGUGGUUCGUUUUUGUUGAAACAGCUGUACGAUCUACUAAUUACUCUAUUAUCUCAGUUAUUUGUAGGCACAAACUUUAAUAUCAACUUACAAACCUAUAGCGAAAGGCCUUGUUCGUUCUCUAGUGGUGAAAUAUAGCUCACAUAACAUUUUAUACGUA